GAAACGCCACUCCAUAGCCACACCGUCGCAGUCCAGCGCUUUUCUAUUCUCCUCCUCCUCCUCCUCCUCCUCUUCUUCUUCCUCCUCCGGUCCGUCGCAAUUCCCCCGACGAUGGACGCGCAGCGAGCCUUGCUGGACGAGCUCAUGGGCUCAGCUCGGAAUUUGACUGAGGAAGAGAGGAGGGGUUACCGGGAGAUCAAGUGGGACGAUAAGGAGGUUUGUGCGUUUUACAUGGUGCGGUUCUGCCCUCAUGAUCUCUUCGUCAACACUCGAAGCGACCUCGGACCAUGCCCGAGAAUUCAUGAUUUGAAGUUGAAAGAGAGCUUUGAGAAGUCUCCUAGACACGACACCUUUGUCGCCAAGUUUGAAGCAGAACUUUGCCAGUUCUGUGAGAAAUUGGUUUCUGAUUUAGAUAGAAGAGUUAGACGUGGGCGGGAACGCCUUGCUCAGGAGGUUGAACCUGCCCCCCCUGCUGCGCUGUCGGCUGAAAAAUCUGAACAACUAUCUGUGCUGGAGGAGAAAAUUAAGAACCUGCUUGAACAAGUAGAAUCCCUUGGUGAAGCUGGAAAAGUUGAUGAAGCUGAAGCACUCAUGAGAAAGGUGGAGUUGCUUAAUGCUGAAAAGACAUCCUUGACGCAGCAACCUCAGAAUGAGAAGCUAUUGAUGCUUACGCAGGAGAAAAAGAUGGCUCUUUGUGAGAUAUGUGGUUCUUUCCUAGUGGCAAAUGAUGCAGCUGAAAGGAUUCAAUCUCAUGUCACAGGGAAACAGCAUGUGGGUUAUGGUAUGGUUCGGGAUUUCAUCACAGAGUAUAAGACUGCUAAGGAGAAGAAGAGGGAAGAGGAAAGGCUGGCUAGGGAGAAAGAAGCUGAAGAGAGGAAGAAGCAAAGGGAAAAGGAGCACGAGAGUAGAAGAAGUGGAUCGAGAGAUGGGGAUAGAUAUCGUGAUCAGGAGCGGGACAGGGAUCGGGGCAGAGACAGAGAGAGGGAACGGGAUCGCUACCGGGAACGUGGUCGAGAUCGCGAGAGGUCACGAGAGAGGAAUGGUAGAGGUAGUUAUGAUGGAGGUAGAGGAAUGGAUUGGAGAUCCAGAAAAGGUAGAGAUGGUGCCAGGGAUCGGUACCAAGACAGAAGUGGGUCUCGCUCCCCUGUCAGGCAUGGUUACAGGGGUUCAUCUAGAAGUCCCGAUCACUGAAAUUUGGAAUAUAUAGCUGAAUGAAGCUCUAAACUUAUUAAGGUAGAUUUUUAUCUCAGAGAGUAUCACCCUUGCUUAACUCUCCAGUGAUUUCUUGCGGUGUGUAAAACUCCUUUUUCCUAUAUCACAGCUUUGUUGAGAGUAUUACGAUCUCCCUCUGAUCAGUGUAGUUAAAGGAGAACAGGGUUGAGGUAGGUAGCGUUUUGUUGUUGUAACUCCCAUUAUUCUGUUUUUAGACUUUUGUUUGAACCAGAUUUCUUUCUUCUGAUUACCUCUGAAAGGUUGAUUCAGAGUACCUGCCCUUUCCUUCUAAUUAAAGCAAUUGACUGGUUGGGGUUA